AUGAGUACUACUAAUACCAGUACUGCUACUAAUAGUCCUGCCACUUUUUGUAGGAUAUCUACUAGUACUACUACUACUAGUACUAUUACUACUAGUAAUAUUACUCCUCGUUCUCCUAUUACUAGUACUACUACUACUAGUACAACUACUACUAGUACUAUUACUGCUAAUACUACCAUUAUUUGUACAAAAACUACUAGUAAUAUUGCUACUACUACUACUAAUACUACAAGUAAUACUACUGUUGGUAUUACUAAUACCAGUACUACUACUAUCACUACUACUACUAUUAGUAUUACUACUACUAGUACUACUACUACAAGUACUACUAUUACUAGUACUACCACUGCUUGUUCGACAACUACUAGUACUACUACUACCAGUAAUUCUAAUAAUAGUAAUAAUACUGCUAGUAAUAAUACUACUAAAAAUACUACUACUAGUACUACCACUGCUUGUCCGACAACCACUAGUAUUACUACUACCAGUAAUACUACUACUAGUAAUACUACUCAUGGAUCUACUACCAAUAGUACAACUGCUAAUAGUGCUACUAUUAUUAGUACUAGUACUGCUAGUACUACUACUACUUGUACUAAUACUACUGGUACGACCACUACAUUUAUGACAACUACUAGUAAUACUUCUACCAGAAAUACUACUAAUAAUACUACUACUAGAAGUACGAAUACUACUAGUAAUACUACUAAUAGUAAUAAUAUUACUAGUUCUAGUACUACUAGUACUAUUACUACUAGUACUACUACUACUGGUACUACCAGUACUUUUACGAAAAGUACUAAUAGUAGUACUACCAGUAAUAUUACUAAUAGUACUACUAAUACUAGUUUUACCACUACUAUUACUACUAUUAGAUAA